UAUGAGUAAGGAGAUUCUUCCAAUUAUCCAUUUUGAUAAACAAACUCUUACAACUAAAUCAAAGACUUAAUAAAGUUCUCAAAAUAGGAACCUAAUUUAUAAGACUCUAUAUGUACCUAAGGAUGAUAAAUCUUCUCAUAUUAAUAGUUCUAUCAAAACAGAAAAUGAGUCAUAUGAUUAUGUAAUUAAUCAAUUACAUCAACACAGAUAAUUGAGAUAGCCUCCUUCUAGAUUGAUUAAUUAAUUAAGAAGAUAGAAAAUGAAUGUAGAUAAAAUGCCUAGACCUAAAGCUAAAAAAUUAUCAAAACCAUCCUAUUCAAUUAAUCUAAAUACAUAAGAUAAAAACUAACUUUAAAAAUAAAUAUGUAAUUAUGUGUAAUAAGCAAACAAGUUAUAAUAAUAUAAAUUGUCUGCUAUUCAUUCAAGAAGAUAAGAUUUUAAACCUUAUUUUAAUUUUGAAGAGUUUUCAUUUAUGGAUGAAAUAUUUCCACAUUCAAAUCUAGUUAAAAAGAAAUUUGGAUUAAAUGAAUAAAUCAUGUUUAGAAAUUCUAUGGGUUUAGAAAAAGUUAUUUUAUAAAGGAUAAUAUAAACAUAAGAAGAUGAAUGA